UGUCGACCCGGCCUUCCCUCCAGGGUGCUCCAGUUCAUCCAGCCUCAGACCAGCGGUGAUCUGGGGUUCCAGGCGACGCUGGGGGCUGUGUCCUGCUGACCUCUCGAGCCCUUGCUGUGGCCCCCACUGGCCAGGCCCAGGCCUUUGGGAGGCAGUGACCCUCUCCCCGCCUCUGCCGCGUCCUGGCAGCACCGUCCACCUGGGGUGCCAUCUUCAGGACCUGCUCCCACACCCCCUACCACAUGGCCGGCCUGAGGAGCCUGAGGGCCAGUUGGGUUGGAUGUCCGGCUCCCUCAGCCGUCCGGCCGCCACCCCUCCUGCUCGGCCACCGCCUCCACCCCCGCCGCCAUGGCCAAUGACAGCGGAGGGCCCG